UCUCACUGCACAGUGAUGUUGGUAAAAUUUGCCUAACAAGAAUGGAUGAAACUGUAAGCAUGACGUCGAAAAUAUUUGUUAACUUUGGCCGUCGCAAAGUCAUUUAUUGCUCGGUUAUCCUGAUGAGUUUCCUGUUAGUUCAAUGGCAAUUUUACUCGGGAAACCAAAUCAAAUUCAAUAAUCAAACAGAGUCAAUUCAAGCAACCGGAACAUCAUCAAAUCAACUGCUACCAGCACUAGAAUACAAUACUGGCGACAGCAGCAGUAGUUUUCUCAAAUCAAACGAAAGUUGCGUCAUCACAAAUAAUGUGACUAGUACACCGUCGCCUACUGUUGACGUGUCAACAUCAGUGCCGAUACUAAUCGAGCCGCAACCCGAACUCUACCAAACAAUUGAAAGGUUUUCAGCAGAGGACAAACUGUUGAGAAUGAACACAACUUUCAAGCGGAUACUCUUCUGGAAUGAGAAUAACAAGAACAAGAAUUACAGCGUUGGGCACGGUAGGGACGUUCUGCAAAAGUUGGGGUGCCCCGUUUGGCAGUGCGAAACUUCAGCCAACCGAACGGACGUCCACACCUACGACGCUGUUCUCUUUCAUCUCCGAACGUGGAGUAAAAAUGACUUGCCUCAUCCGCGCUUGGCUAAUCAGCGCUACGUGUUCUGGAGCAUGGAAUCGGCGGCUUGGCGCAUUUACAGCGUCGCUCCCAUGGCCGAAUUCUUCAAUUGGACCAUGACCUAUCGCUGGGACUCUGACGUGGUCGCUCCCUACGGCUAUGUCAGACCCAUUGGAAACGUGCCGCUUCAUCCUAGUGAGGCCCAAAUGAAAAUCUACUUGUCUAAUCAUCGUAACAGUAGCAGAAACUACGCCAAAGGAAAGACGAAAAUGGCUGUUUAGUUUGCCUCCAACUGCCGGACUGUUGUGAGCAGCCGAAACGAAUUGGUCAAGGAACUGCAAAAGUACAUUGCCAUCGACGUGUACGGCACUUGCGGCAAUUUGACGUGCCCCAAGAAGCUGGACGAUUCGUACGAGUCGAGCGAAGAGUGUCGGGACUUGGCUGCCUCCAAACACAAAUUUUACCUUUCACUGGAGAACUCGCUGUGUCGUGAUUACGUCACCGAAAAGUUAUUCGCUAUGAUGCACCGUCCAAUCAUCCCAGUUGUUUACGGCCUUCACGACGACCAAGAAAAACUAGCGCCACCGUAUUCGUUCAUUAACGCGGCAAAAUUUGAAAACACGAAAGCGCUGGCCGACUACUUGAUCCUCCUCAACAACAACGACACGCUCUACAACGAAUAUUUCUGGUGGAAACCUUAUUUUAAAGUACACGACAGCGAAGAUGAGAAGAAAAAAAGCAUGUGUCGCUUGUGUGCUGCCCUCCACGAUGAAACGUUGCCACCGAAAAUUUAUCACAACCUCACUGAUUGGUGGGAUACGCAAUCCGCCUGUAUUUUCUCGCCUAAAAUCUUAUGAUACUUGCUCUACUUAUUAUCCUAUAAAAGGUCAUAAU